ACACGAUAUCAAUGUGAUUUUAAUUUUUGAAAUUAAAGUCGAUCUUAACGUGUUUGUGUUAAUGCUUUAGAAAAAGUUAACCAAAUUUCUCUUGCGUCUUAAUGUUAGACACUAACACAACAUCAACGCGUGUCUCAUAUGUAUUAACAUUAAAUAUUGACACAACCUCAAAACAUGAGACACGACAUCAACACUAACCAUAGACUUUAAUUUUAUGAAAUUAAAGUCGAUGAUGACGUGUUUGUGUUAAUGCUUAAGAGAAAGGUUUGAGUGGUUCAAUUGGUUAAAGAGAAAAAGGGUAGUGGGAAAUGAAGUAGAGACAGAAAAGUGAAAGAUACAAACACAGAAAAAGGGGGCCAAAGUAGGAUAAUUUGGGUAUAAAAUUAAAUACUGAAAGAAGCAAAGGGGAAAGAGUUAGAGGGUGACAAUUUAAUGCUGUAACAUACCCUAUUGGUUUUAAGGGUAUUGAACGGUAGGGUAGGGGCCUGUUUGGUGCUUUGUAUUUUCAUUUUGUAACGCAUUUAUUGCAGGAAACAGAAGGUGGAGGGUGGAAGAAAGAAAGAAGAGGUGGUGGGUUUAGAGAGAGAGAGAUAGAAAAAAAGGGUGUUACAGUUGACCAUAAUGAAGCUUAUAUAAUUACAACAACUCAUCCAUUAUCUCAUACUCUAUAUACUCUCUCUUCGUUACCAACUUGACCAGAAACUCCUGCUUUCUCUUCUUCUCUAGCUUUGGACUUUGGUUCCUGUUGAAUAUUGUAUCAUCAGAUUAGUUUGUUUGAUUGAAAGUAAGCAAAAUACCAUUGGUUGCUGCGGUUUGGAAAACUCUCCUAUGUAAUCAAAUAUAAGUACUUCAUGAAACUAGAAAGUGAACUAUCUUUCCGCCAAAUGGGCGUCGAGUUGGAAUCUCAAUCGUUUGAAUAUAAUGAUAGUGAUCAAAACUCGCCUAGCUUCAAAUCGCGGAACCAGAAGGCAAAGGAAUAUGACAACAGAGACUCGAAGAAUGUAAAGAAGACCGAACAGUAUGACAGCAUUGUUGAUUUGAAAAAGGGUUACGACGCACAGGUAAAGGACUCACAUGAGCCUGUAUCUCAUUCUUCAAAGGAUAUUGGAUCAUUUAUGAUGUUUGCAAAUGAUAAAGAAUCGGUUAAAAAGCCACUCUCUGCGCUAAUCUCCAAUCCUCAGCAAGUCGAUAAAUUUCAGAAUCCGGUAGAUGUCCAUGUGGGCCGAACUGUUGCCGAAUGUGAACCAGAAAUGGAAGUUUGUUACAAAGAGAACAAUUACCAUGUUGUUAAGGAUAUAUGCGUUGAUAAAGGAGUCUUUACUAAGCAUAAAUUCAUGUUUGAGGAAAAUGUUGACAGAGCAGCUUAUAAUUUCUUUCCAUUGGAUAACCAGAAUCCAAAAGACAACACUGGUAUCAAGGUGUUAAAUCAACCCGAAACUGAUGAUUCUGACGAUGCAUCUUCUAAUCAUGAUCAGCACAAUGAUGUGAUACACAAAGAUGACGGUGAGAUUGAAGAUCUUGUUGAUAACUUCACCAAAGCGAUGGAUUUACCUGAAGACACACAAGAUUCUGUAUCUACUGGUGGCAAGGAUGGACAGCUUUCCGUUGAAGAUGAUUCGCACUCCCAGUUGAAAGACUCAAACAAUAUCGUUGAGGAAGCAGUAUUGACAAGUCCUGCUUUAGGAUCAACCGACGAUGAAUCGAACAGUGAUCAUCAUUUUGGGCCUUCAGCUCCUGCGGACUGUGUCAAAACGGAACUUAACCAAUCCAGUGGCUGUAACUGCGAUGAAACUCAACUUCCUUUUACUACCGUUGAAGUUUCGUCUGGUGAUUUUUCUGAAAUUCAGCAAGCUGAAACAAGUCAGAUUCACAAUAGCAUAGGCGAGUCAAGUUUUUCCGCCGCAGGCGCCGUAUCUGGUCGUAUAAGUUACUCAGGAUCUAUACCUUAUUCCGGAAGCAUCUCUAUUCGAUCUGACAGUAGCACUACCAGCACUCGUUCCUUUGCUUUUCCCAUACUGCAAUCUGAAUGGAAUAGCAGCCCAGUGAGAAUGGAGAAACCUGAUAGGAGGCACUACCCGAAGCAACGCAAUUGGAAGAGCCUUCUUUGCUGUAAAUUUUAAGAGAUUAUUAUUUUCUCAUAUAAUAGGUUUAGUUUAAAAUAUAUAUACCAUUUAAAUUAUAGUUGUUCACAGUGUGCAGUAGGUUUAGUUUGCCUACUGCAUAUUCAAUCACAGUGCAAUAGGUGUAGUUUGCCUACUGCAUAUUCAAUCACAGUGCAAUAGGUGUAGUUUGCCUACUGCAUAUUCAAUCACAGUGUAAUAGGCGUAGUUUGCCUACUGCAUAUUCAAUCACAGUGCAAUAGGUGUAGUUUGCCUACUGCAUAUUCAAUGCUCUGUCGCGAUAUCGAGUCAAUGAUCUUAUAUCUCUACUGCAAGCAAAAUGUAUUGAUUCUAGUUUUGCUUGCAUCUGAAGCUACAUUCUAUCUUUGGUUAUACAUGGUUUUAUUGAUUUUUUUAUUUAUUUCAA